CUCAGAUAACAGUGAGAUGUUGCCGCGUGUAACACGUUAAACCUCAGACAUAUCAUUUGUGUAAUCUUUAUUUGAUUUUUUUGUACUGUGCAUGAUCAAACCUGCUGUUUUUUUGCAUCAAGAUCAGGUUGGACUGCCACACAGCACUGCAAGACACUGAAAGCAGGGAAAGCACCGUCAGAGGCACCGCAAGCUCAGCCGCUAUGAGACUCGUCCAGUUCUGCCACAGAGGAGGCGAGGGGGUCGUCAGAGUAGGGGUGGAGCAGGCAGAAGGUCAGGGGGUCAUUGAUCUGAAAGCCUUCGACCCCUCCAUGCCUUCCACUAUGAGACAGUUCCUUGAAAUGGGGCAAAAGGGAAUGGACUGUGCUAAGAGGGCUUUGUCCAGUGGUCAGCAUGUGGUGGAGCGGUCAGAUAUCAGGCUGCUGUCCCCAGUGACCGGCCCAGAGAAGGUGGUGUGUGUUGGUAUGAAUUAUAAAGACCACUGCCUAGAGCAAAAUGCCCCCAUUCCUGAAGAGCCCAUCAUAUUCAGCAAGUUCCCCUCCACCAUCACUGGCCCUUCGGAUGAUAUCAUUCUACCAGAGGAGAGUCAGGAAGUGGAUUGGGAGGUGGAACUUGCCUUUGUGAUUGGACGGAAAGGGAAGCACAUUAAGGAAGAGGAGGCCCUUUCCUAUGUCGCAGGUUUCACUGUAGCAAACGACGUGAGUGCUCGUGAGUGGCAGAUGAAGCGCAAUGGAAAGCAGUGGUUGCUGGGGAAAACUUUUGACACGUUUUGUCCACUCGGGCCAGCACUGGUUACCACUGCAGCACUCAAAGAUGUUCAUAACCUGGGUAUCCGCUGUCUGGUGAAUGGGGCCGCAGUUCAGGACAGUAACACCAAUCAAAUGAUCUUUCGAACCGAGAAGCUGAUUGCCUGGGUUUCACAGUUUGUGACUAUUUGUCCUGGUGAUGUGUUUUUGACUGGAACGCCUCCAGGUGUGGGGGUGUUCAGAAAUCCACCUGUGUAUCUAAAGAGGGGAGAUGUUGUGGAGUGUCAGACUGACGAGAUCGGGUCGAUACGGAACGCAGUCGUGUAACAGGAAGAUCCUACAUUGAUUGAAGUGCCACUACUGCAUUUAUAAUUAUUUCAUACUGACAUCAUAAAACAUGGAUUCUUUUUUUAACUGAAGAAAAUAAAAUAAACAUUAUGCU